ACAACACAGACGGCAAACCGAGCAAACUGUAAAUCUGCAAAAGCUUUCCAGACCUGAAUUAGAAACUUUCUGUGAAGCUGAUUGAUUUUUUUUCUGAAGUUUUCCCGUGUCGUUUUGAAAUUCUCAUCGCUAAAAUGUCUCUGAUUCCGCUGUUGUUCGGAGCCCCUCAGCGUCGUCGCUACAACGAGGAUCCCUUUGCGCUGAUGGUGGGAUCGCGUUACGACACUCCACACUACAUCAUGGAUCCCUUCAUCGACAUCAACAGCGCCCUGGCCGACAUGGACCACGCCAUGCGCUACGUCAACCGCGAGAUGGGUCGCUUGUCCAACAAUCAAACCGGGGGACAGCAGCAGUUGGCCGUGCGCAAUCUGACUCCGGACAUCAUCGAGGAGGACGGCCAGAAGAAGAUCCAAUUCAACUUCGACGUCCGUGGCUUCAAACCGGAGGACAUCACGCUGAAGACGCAGGACGGCCGGCUGGUGGUCUCGGCUAAACACGAAGAAGGCGACGAUGAGCAUCAUGUGGUCCGCCAGUUCCAGCGCAUGGUCAGCAUUCCGGAGGGCGCCAAAGUGGAGCUGCUGAAGAGUCGACUGGGUCGCGGCGGAGUGCUGCAGGUGGAAGCCCCGUACACAGCGCCGGCUAUCGAACAGAAGAAGGAGGAGUUCCGGGAGAUCCCCAUCACCCAUGAAAAGCCCAAAGCCGUGGAGCAGGCCAAGAAGUGAAAAAGCAGCCGAAUGGGACCAGCACGACUAAAUGGUAAAAAUUAAUUCCCCAUUUAUCAUUUGUUUCGCACGGUUUCAUUUUUUUGUAACUGCUAGUAGCUAAUGGUAAAAUUAAUUCACUGGUUUAUUUUCUUGUCAGCUCUAGCCGUUUUAAUCUUGAUGAGGAAAUAAUUAGUUUUCUUUUGGUCUCGAACGAUUGAUCUUUAUAAUGGUACAUGAUAUCAUGAUGCUGGUUUCUUGUUGCAUUUAUCCACAGUCGCUACUGAUUUAGCGAAUUAAUCUGUAUUUUGCGUUAUAAUAAAAUACAAUUCUGGAAA